CAAUAUUUUUUUCAAUGAAGUAAAUUAAAUUCAGAAGACAACGCAAAGUGCAGCUAACUGGUUCAUAAGUAAUUUCUAAAUUCAAAUCAUCUUCGAAGCUAUGGAAGAUGAGGAGUUGAAAAACAUUUUCCGGUAGCACUGAAUAGAAAAAGAAAUGGAGAAUUACAUUUACACAUACCCUAGAGUAGCAGAGGCCGUUACUUUAAUCAAUCAAAAGGUCACUCUCUUCGGUUCCGUUAUCGAAGUAGGCUUACCCAAGAAAACUCGCGGCACCGAUUGGAUUCGUACUGUGAAAAUAAUCGAUGAAUCCGAUUGCAAAACCGGGUUGUCGGUUAAUAUAUUCGCUUCGACUAUGGAGAGCCUUCCUCAGAUUUUAGCUCUUGGUGAUAUUAUUCAUCUGUCUCGUAUUGUGAUUAAGAAAGAUAAUGGGAAAGUAAAUGCAGUUUUCUAUAAGUCCGGCUCUUUAUUUGCUCUGUACAGAGGCAAAAAUAAUGGGGACUUCCUCCAUUAUCAAUGUUCCCCAGGAUAUCACGCUAGAGCCCACGACUUCAAGUGUGUUUCAGCCUUACAAAAUUGGCUAGCUGACUUUCAUCUUGAUGAUGAUCCACGUAGCUUCAUGUCCAUGCGAGAUAUGAAAGAAGGAGAACGAGCUAGUUUAGUUAGCAAGGUGCUUCACAUAUGUGAGGUUGCUGAAAAAAAAUGGAUGGUGUUUAUAUGGGAUGGGACUGAUUCUCCUCCAAUUAAUAUUGACUCAAACUUGGAGUAUGGUUGGGAAAACCCACCUCCUUUACAACUAGAGCCCCUUCCACUGCCAAGAGAUGUAUUACGUGCAUUUCCAACUGUUGGUUCAGUCUUACGGGUAAUGAUUGACCACGGAAAUGAGAAGGUUGUCCCUUUGAUAAUUACUGGUAAAUGGGUGAAAUUUCUCGACAUACUUUGUGAAGUGCGGGAAGGAUUAUGGUAUGGUGUGUUGACGCCCUCCACAAGGUUACGUUAUGUAUCAAAUGAGAGUCAAAUUACUUUAGCACGCAAGAAGGCUUACAAAAUCCGGCUGUCAUCGAAAUUGGGGCGCAUCCCAUAUAUCUGUUUUCCUCGGCCUUCACCUGUUACAGAGGUUGAUGACAAGGAUGUGUCUUUCGUCACAUUAAUGGAUGUUCUAACCCAUUCGGAGGUAACAGCUAAAUUCAAUUGUAUAGUUCGGGUAGUGGCUGCAUUUCCAUGGCAAGUACAGACGUAUUUCUCUGAUGAUGGAACAUAUGGGAUCAGACUGACCAUCGAGGAUCCAACUGGCAGAAUCCAUGCUUAUUUAUAUGGAGAAGAUGGGGAGAAGUUUUUCGACGGUCAUCCCUCCAUGGAUGUACUGAUAAAGAAGAGAAACAAAUUGCUUGGUGUGGCUGUUGAUGAUGACGGAAAGGAAAUUAUGGGUGCUCUCAGAAAUCCUCCAUGGAUACAGUGUUUUAUAAAAUCCUAUUAUAUUGAUGUAAAUAAUAAGUGGGGAAGCAGAAAUUUUAGAAUUUUUGGCACCAAGCAUGUAGGCUAAGUAGGUAUUAUGUAAUUAGGAUACUAAUCCAUACUAAUUUGUAUAUUUAAAGGUUAGUUAUUUGUAUAAUUUCAGGCUAGUAAUUUGUAUAUUUCAAGGCUAUAGUAGUAAUUUUGUCUACCAUUGUGUGAGCAAUGGUAUAUCUUGACCAUUUGUAAAUAAACUCAAACAUUUCCAACGCCUAAUCAAAUUUGAUUUUUCGGAUCAA